CCCUGUGAGCUGGUGAGGUGGCCCUGGUGGGACCCAUCCGCUCCUGUUCCCCGCGAUGCUGAGGCCAGACCCGGGCCCCUGGCCACUCUGAUCAGGCCUGAGCGCGGAAGGCGCGGAGGGAGGCUAUGGCGGAGUUCUGCGAGCCGGCAGGGCGGGCGCCCGCGGGCCGGGAGGAGGAGGAUGACGAGGAGCGGGAGCCGCUGUUGUCGCGCGUCGCCUGGGCUGGGCCGCGGAAAGGCGCGCCGGGCAGCGCCGUCAGGCAGCUGGAGGACGCGGGGGCUGUGGACGCGGCCGCCUCCCCCCAGGCCGGCGGCGAGGAGCCACUGCCCCCUCCUAGGGACGCGUCCGGCUUCCUCUCCCGGGACCCGGGGGCCUCCUGGAGCUCGCCCGCCGACAUGGACCGUAACCACCCCUCGACUUCAGUAACCACUGCUACUGCAGAGAUGAAUUCAUUCUUGGAUGAUCCAGAUUUUGCUGAUAUCAUAUUGAGAGCAGAGCAAGCAAUAGAAAUUGGAGUUUUUCCAGAAAGAAUCACUCAAGGGUCAAGUGGAAGUUACUUUGUGAAGGAUCCUAAGAGGAAAGUUAUUGGUGUAUUUAAACCCAAAUCAGAAGAGCCUUAUGGUCAACUGAAUCCAAAAUGGACCAAAUAUGUUCACAAGGUCUGCUGCCCUUGCUGCUUUGGCAGAGGCUGCCUGCUUCCUAACCAGGGCUACCUUUCUGAGUCUGGGGCCCACCUGGUGGAUGAAAAGCUUCAUCUGGGCAUUGUACCUAAGACUAAGGUUGUUUGGCUUGUCAGUGAAACAUUUAACUACAGUGCAAUUGACCGUGCAAAAUCAAGAGGCAAAAAGUAUGCCUUAGAGAAAGUGCCAAAAGUAGGUAGAAAGUUUCACCGGAUUGGACUUCCUCCCAAGAUUGGCUCCUUUCAGUUAUUUGUGGAAGGUUACAAGGAGGCUGAAUAUUGGCUCAGGAAAUUUGAAGCCGAUCCUUUGCCUGAGAAUAUUAGAAAACAAUUUCAGUCACAAUUUGAAAGAUUAGUUGUUUUGGAUUACAUCAUCAGAAACACAGACAGGGGAAAUGAUAAUUGGUUGAUCAAAUAUGAAAAGGAGAAGUGUGAAAAGGAAAUUGAUCAUCAGGAAUCGAACUGGAUUGAUGAUAAAGAACUGCUUAUUAAAAUAGCUGCAAUUGAUAAUGGCCUAGCAUUUCCUUUUAAACAUCCUGAUGAAUGGAGAACAUAUCCAUUUCAUUGGGCUUGGCUUCCUCAAGCGAAAGUUCCAUUUUCGGAAGAAAUAAGAAACUUGAUUCUGCCAUCUAUUUCUGAUAUGAACUUUGUACAGGACUUGUGUGAAGACCUUUAUGAACUUUUUAAG